AAGCCUCCACUCUCAAUUUCUCAACCCAUCUGGGUAUCAAUUUAAACAGGGCAUUUUUGGUCUUGCUCUAGAGAGAUGGAGAAGGAGAUGAAGCAGUCGAAAUUCAAGAGGAUUUGUGUGUUUUGUGGGAGUAGUCCGGGGAAGAAAAGCAGCUACAGAGAUGCUGCCAUAGAACUUGGGAAAGAAUUGGUUUCAAGAAAUAUUGAUCUGGUAUAUGGAGGAGGCAGUAUUGGUUUGAUGGGCUUGGUUUCCCAGGCUGUUUAUAACGGUGGCCGCCAUGUCCUUGGAGUGAUCCCCAAGACACUUAUGCCUAGAGAGAUAACUGGAGAGCCAGUGGGGGAAGUGAAGGCAGUAGCAGACAUGCAUCAAAGAAAGGCUGAGAUGGCUAGACAAUCCGAUGCCUUUAUUGCCCUUCCCGGUGGCUAUGGGACUCUUGAAGAACUUCUUGAAGUGAUAACUUGGGCCCAACUAGGAAUCCAUGAUAAACCAGUGGGAUUGCUGAAUGUGGAUGGUUACUACAACUCCUUGUUGUCAUUCAUUGACAAAGCAGUGGAAGAAGGCUUCAUUUCUCCAAAUGCAAGGCAUAUCAUUGUGUCUGCUCCCACGGCCAAAGAGCUGGUUAAGAAAAUGGAGGAGUACUUUCCGCGCCAUGAAAUAGUUGCUUCUAAGCUAAGCUGGGAGAUGGAACAGUUAGGGUACUCAAAAUGCGAAAUCUCGAGGUGAGAUUGGAACAUGAUGCAGGGCAAUGCAGUGGUGGACUAAUUUUAGGAGAUGAAAAUGUUCCAGAAAUGUGAUUUAUUUUUUGUUUUCUCACAAUCAUUUUCUGAUGUAAACCACAAGAAUUGACCCCCAUCAUUUGAAGUGGAAAGUUUUAGUCUCUAGUGAACAAUUUGCUUGCUAAGUAGAUGUUGGAAUGCAAAAGCAAAAACUUGUGUUAUAAUUGCUCAUGAUGUUUUUA